UCACAGAGUAUUAAUAAACUAGGGACAUAAAGGAAAAGGAUUUAUCGGAGGCUGAAAAACUAGUGAAUAAGGAUUAAGAAUGGAUAAUACGGCUUUGUUGACACGCGGUGGUAACGUCUACGAUAAAAAACGCGGACGUAAGCAACACCAGGAAGAAAUUAUUUUUGACAAGGAGCAAAGAAAGGAAUUUUUGACUGGGUUUCACAAGCGAAAAGUAGAGCGUCAAAAGCAUGCACAAGCUAUGACAGAAAAACAACAACGAGAAGAGAAACGUGAAAUGCGAAAAUUGGUCCGAGAGCAGAGGAAAAAGCAAUUGGAAGAGCGAAUUCAACUUUCCAGAGAAUUAAUGGGGACAAUGGAAAAACCUGGUUCUGAAGAUGAAGGUUCAGACGGUGCUGAAACUGAAGAAAAGGUCGUAAUAGAAGAUGACGAUGAACCUCAUACGCGUGAAUAUGAAGAUGAAGAUAAGCAUGUUUCCGUUACCAUUACAGAAGAUGAUGAGAAUGAUGGUCCAGAUGAAGAGGAACUGGCAGAUGGAUUCAGUACUCCGCAAAAUGAUCCACCACCAAGUGUGCCAAUUCGUCCUCACAAACAAAAGCAAGGGAAAAAUAGGUUUCGUUAUGAAUCAAAAGAAGAUAGGAGGUUGAACCAGAAAAAAUCUAAAAUCCAAAAGCUGAAACAUGCCGUCCGUCACCGUCAUUAAUGUGCAUCACAAUCCUUUCUCUCUCAACAGAACGAAUUAAUUUGGUAGUUUGAGCAGCCAUUGGAUAUUUUUAUUAAUAUUAGAAGCAACAAUUCGGUACUUGCGUUAGUAAGCGAACAUGAAAUCAUGCUUUUAUAAAUACUUCUCAG